CCGCGCAUGCGCAGUCCGCCGCAAAAGCUUUGUUGCUGGUUCGGUUAGCUCGCUGCUAACUCGGCUAAACUAGCGACUAUUUCCUGGCUGCCUGUGACUGGACACAGCUAUGGACACCGACGCGUUGCUGGAAGCGUUUCAAGAUUUUGAGAAGAAAAGCAAGAAAGAGACGUGUCCUGUCCUAGAGCAAUUCUUGUGUCAUGUUGCCAAGACAGGACAGCCAAUGAUCCCGUGGUCGCAGUUCAAAACGUACUUCGUGUUUAAGUUGGAGAAAGUCAUGGAUGAUUUUCACGCUUCAACGCCGGACCAGAGAGGGCCACACAAUCCCAACGUAGACUAUGUCCCCUUCGAAGAGAUGAAGGAGAGGAUCUUAAAAAUAGUGGAUGGUUACAACGGAAUCCCGUUCACCAUCCAGCGUCUGUGUGAACUUCUUACGGACCCCAAGCGCAACUACACGGGAACAGACAAGUUUCUCAUGGGUUUAGAGAAGAAUGUAAUGGUGGUCAGCUGUGUGUACCCCACAUCAGAGAAAAAUGGGGCAUCCAGUGUAAACAAAGUGAAUGGACUGAUGUUUCCUGGUAACUCCUCCCUAUAUUCAGACAGUCGAAAUGUAAACGGACCGGGCACGCCAAAACCACUCAACAGACCAAAGCUGUCAAGCUGUCAUUCACUAUCGACCAACGGGCUCCCUGAGUGUCCUGUCAGUAAAGUCUCAGAGCCAACAACAGAGGAGGUGGAGGAGCACCAUAUCAGCGACUCCUCGCCAUCGGAAGGUGAAAUGGCAGCAAACAGCGGGAUCAAGAACAAACACACCGAGGAGGAGGAUGAAGAGGAGGAUCCCGAUGCCGACAAACACGAGGUCAAGAGGCUCAAGUUUGACGAAAAGGACGAGGACGAGGCAGAAAGCGAAGAGAAGCCGACGUCGUGUUGUAAAGGGUCGGAGAGCUCACCAGAGACACCGGAGUCUUCAAAAGACUCUUGCGGUGAAGAAUGCGAAAGCGGAACGUCUUGUGACACACCUACCAGUUCAGAGGAUCAUGAGCCCAGCAGCACACAGACGGAGCCCUCUAAAAGAGAAGAAGACUCCUCUGAGAGGGGGGAUGUCCACAGUCCACAGGAGAACGACAGCACUGUGGAUCAACCUGAGCAGCCGGCUCCUUCAGAGAAGAGUACAAGCUCCGAACAGGAAAAUGAGGAGAGCAGCAGCAGCAGCGACGGUGACGGCCUACCCAGUGACAAGCAGGUCCCCUCUUCUAGUAAUUCACCUGACUUGUCAACAGAGGGCGUCCCUGACAAUUCAAACAGUGCACAGACUGCGAUAGAGCCCGGCGCACAUGACUAACUUGAAGCCCCAGCCUGCCAACUUGACUUUAUUUUUUUUACACUGUAAGAUACCCCACCGAGGGUAUAUCUGUAGCACUGUGGACCUCUAGACUUCAGGACCAGGAGCGAUGUGGACCUCGAGAUGCCUCACAGAAGGGUCUUUUUGUCCUCUUCAAGUUUCAACUACUCAAGGCCGCACGUCGUCUGGUCUUUAAAACUGGAAGGAAAUGAUUUAAAGAAGAUUAUGGCGGCUUUUGUUUUUCUCACUGUUGACUAAAAGUUUUUCUAAAGUCUUUUUCCUGUUUGUUUUUUUUUUUUUUUUUUAUAUAUCUGAGCAUUAUGAUAAUUUAACCUUGAUAACUGAUGUGUUCAGUAAUUUCAUUAUCGUCAUUCGGCAUGUAUUUUUUUCAAAAGGAUACAUUUGACAGUUUGAGUUGUGUGUCGGGCUAAGCCUCGUUGUUUCGACUAUCUUUCUGACGAAUGUGUGUCUCUCUAGUUUGACACAUGCCAUUAAGAAUGUGAAGCGACCCUUCACAGAUGUCUGUUUUGCUUUUUCUACGAAGCACAUACCACAAAAUGUAUUUCUUACUAACAAUAUAUUGCACUUGUUUGCAUUGACCCCUUGAAGGACGUGGAAAUGUCACUGUUUUGCUUUGCGUGUGACGCCUGUACAAACACACAAAUGUUGCCCGUUGGGUUAGUAGGGAUAGGAUAGUAUAUUGGUUUGGUUUAAGGGAAGCCAUCUCUGCACCGAAAUCUGUCAACAGAACACAAGGUACUUUUACACUUUCUGUACGUCAAACCUUUAGUUGUACAAAUGUCACUUUUGAUAGCUUGGAUUUUUACAGUACGUCUCUGUAAAUCAGUUUUUGUAGACUUGUAAUACAUGUCCACUGCCUUUGUAGAACUGAUAAUGGGUGGAAACUGAAUGCUUGAGCUUGUAUCAUAGUAUUCAUUGAAAGCAAUAAAUGCUAAAAUCUAAA